AUGGUCACGAAGGAGUUUAACUAUUGCAUUAAUAUAGCGAAAGGAUUGUAUAAGUAUCGAUCUUCACUAUUUGAUGUUCCAAUAAUAAGAGGCGUAACAACGGUAGAAUGGCCGCGAGUAUUGGACGAUUUGAAAAGACAAUACGGUGUAUUAGCAUAUUGUUUGGAUAGUUCAGUUGCGAUUAUCCUGAACGAUAAAUUUCUGGGCGGCGAAAAAGAGUUCAGAGAAAUAAUUAAUGCUAAGUACUAUUACCAUAUAAUUUUGGAUUACUACAAGGAGGGUGUUGAUCAAUUUGUUAAGUAUAUACGAGCAUCUGGGCUAUAUGCCGACAUUGUCCCAAAUACCUGUGUCAAUUUCCUCCGAUUGUGUCAAACUACAAGAGGGGGUUACACAGGAACACCCAUACAUAGGAUUGUUAAGAAUUGCUGGAUACAAUGUGGUGGUUUCGGCUUGAAGAGCGUCGAUCUGGACUGUGAAAAUUUUAUUAUACCUCAUGAUAGGCGUGGCGUACUGUGCAUGGCUAAUGAUGGAAGAAACGUGGAUUGUUCGACCCAGUUCUUCAUAUUACUCCAACCAGCUACCUGGAUGGAACACAAGUAUGUCGCAAUCGGUCAGUUAAUCGAAGGCGAAUCUGUCCUGAAAAAAAUCGAGGCAGUGCCCACUUGGUACGAAUCACCGACGUCCGAAAUUGUUAUACACAAAACUGGUAUACUGAAUAUGGAAUGCCACGGUAUUAUAAUAAGUAAAGGCACUACUGAAUACAUUCAUGCACAUAUUGAAGACUUGAUCGCAUUGGGAGACGUUUUGAUAGAAGAACUCAUGUGUAAAUUAUUCUUGGAGAUUCAGUUUAGAGAAAUGUUACGCCAUGAACAAGCGGAGGGUGAAACGGAGGAAUCUAUUGAUGAGGAUAAGAAGAACAUUAGAGCUACCGAGAGAUUUAUACGCAAGAAGGAAGAAAUCGAUAAACAAAUAAGGAAUCAGUCUGUCGUGGACCCUCGAAGACCAUCAGAGAGAGAAGUAGAAGAAAAUAACGACUUUGAUGUUGAAGUGUAUGAGUAUGAACCUGAAGAGAGUUCAUAUCAGCAUGUCUCUUUAGUUGGGACAGUCAGUAUUGAGGUGAAGCCAGAGAAGCCAUUUUAUAUACCACUUACAGACGUCCCAGAUCCGGAAGAAGUGGAAUCAACAUAUGAUUUGAAAAAGUUUUUCAAAGGCGAUUACUGUCUGGAAUGUGAUUUAGAAGUGGACCUACCUAAAAAAGCUGUUGAACAUCAAUUGUCAUACAUGUCUGAUAUGUUUAAAUUUGAGGAUGAAUCAGACGAAGGCUCUCUGAAGUCUUUGGAGUCUGAAGACGAACGUGAAAUACGACGAUAUCUAAAGUUGAAUGUAGACCGCGUGAGCUUCGCUGGUGGUGUGAUUAAAAAUAUCGCUCGGGGUGUUGGAAAAUGUAAUCUAUUUGAAGGCAAAAGGAAGUCAGAAUUGAUAACUGAUGAGGAAUUAAGACGGUUCCGAAAAGUUUCUAUAAGCGUACCUUGGGCUGUUAGAGAGCCCAGUAAAAUUAAAAGGCGGCAAACCGGCUUUGUGCGCAUGGAAGAUUUGGAGAAGAUACACAUUAUACAAAGGGUCAGCUCCGAUGAAUUGAGUGAUGACUCUCCGAUGGGCAGUCGGAAGGUGCGAAUAUCUCCAUCAGCGGUCGCUGCUCAAACCGGGACGCGACCGAUCCGCAGACCAACUGGCUUCGUCAGACCUUCAACUCUGGAUAUGUCCGACUCGGACAUGGAGGUCCGCAGGCAAUCUGUUCUGACACGAUUGUAUGAGAACGUCACUAAUGAUGAUGACGAGGAAGGGCCUACGCUAAAGGAAUACAGACCUGCGGGUGAAUCGCAGCACAAAAACGUGAUGCUAACGUACAGCUCACCGAAUUCACGCAUAAAAAGCGAUGAAGACACAAGGGAGAAAUAUUUCAGACAGUCCCUAACGGCAGAGAAGGUAUCCUACGACGAGAUGUUGAACUUGCAGCACAGUAAGAAAUUGGCAAGGAAAAUAUCAUCUGAUUACGUCAAAUCUAUUGACCAAGCCGAGCAAAGACUGGAGACGUCUAUACGUAGCGUGGAAUUCGCUAAAAGCCGGCCCUCGAUGUCUGUCUCUCAAUAUCAAGCGAAGAACCAGGAGUACCAGGAGAAAUUGAAGAGUGUCUCUAGGCUGAAGGCGAAACUUGUUUCGAAGGUUGUUAGUGGAAAAAUGCCUCCCGGACUGCGUUUACCUGGUGAUACUCCUCUAUAUUCAGAAGUGGAUAUAACUCAAUCAAUGCGGUUCGCCUAG